AUGGCUUCGUCCGAAACAGGGUCGGGCUACUCGGUGACGCCUACCCAGCACAGAGGCUUCACGAUCCGACAUGCUUCGAGGAAGAGUGACGACUUCACAGCCUUGCAACGACCCUCUUUAAAAGAUGGCCGCUCACUUUCUGGGGGCAGCGCCCAACACGGACAGCGGGCGUUCGUUCCGACUCUUACAUCUGCUGGUGCCCCAGGCAGCUUCAAUCCCGAGUUGAAGGGUGCCAUGCACUCGGGUAGAACCACACCGCAGGCUGAAUUGGCUGGCGGGACAAUGUCGCGACUUCAACAACAAUACAAGGAUGGCGAUGCGUUGACAACAUCGGAGCAACGCCAGGCAGCGGUGCGUGACAAGAUAGCCAAGGAGAUGAAGAUCAAACUGGGGACGGAAAACAUGCUCGAAGCGCUUCUAAGUAAGAAUCCCAAACAAACAAAAGAACAACGACAGCGGGUCGAGAUAGAGCUUGGUUCUUCGAAAAGGAAACUCGCCGAGUUAAAGCAGGAGCUCGAUCAAGAAAUCCAACGCUCUCAGACGCCUAAUACCCCUCCAAGCAAGAAUGCCUCCAGCUACUUUCGAGGCAGCCCGCUCAGGUCCCCUCCGCUGGGCAAUCAGAAAGGCGAUCUUUCCGAGUCAGUUGAUAGUGAAUCGCCGACAGUCAUCCUGACCGAGACCCUUCAGCAACUGGAGGCAGACGGGAUGCCGCCAGACUACUAUAUUGAGCGAGCAAACGUUCUGGUCGAUCUUUUGAAGCGAAACCCUACUCUGAAAUAUGAUCUCGCCUGGUCGGUCUUCAGCUUGCGCGUUCAACUGAUGCUGCUUAGUGACAGUUCCGAUGUCGUCGCGGCCGGCUACAGAGUAACUCGACAUGCCAUUGCAGACCGCAAAUCGUUGCAAACGAUUCGGGCCAUGCACACUGAUGAGCUGGUGAUCUUAUCACUAGUCAAAAAGACCAAUGCUACACUAGAACGCGAACAGGCGGUCAAAUUCGUACGGGCAUUCUUGGACGUCAAAGAUGGCGUGCAUGAGAUAUCCCGGGCUGUUGUCCGUAGCUUGGUGGCCGUUGCCGAAGCCCACGAUGACAGCCUCAAGGAUAUCUGCUUGCUGACUCUAGCCGAGUUGUUGAUGAAGCAUACGGAACUUGUAGUUUCCGCAAACGGAAUGAGUACGCUUACCGAAGCCCUGUCCGACGGGUCGUUUCCUGCUCCUGAGGGUCUUGUUGCCAGUUUCCUUCAUAUCCUGGACCAUCCCCGGCAGCGGCGGUAUCUGCACACUGGCCGGGAGUUCGAAGCCAUGUUUGCACCAUUCACCGAUCCACUGCUCUUGAGUGGCAAUGAGGAAAGGCUGAAGACCUGCGCCCAGGCCAUUGCGGCCAUGCUGAAGACUUGGCCAGGCUUCCUGCUCCUCGCCAUGAACGGUGCAUCGGCUCUUCGGUCACUGAUUGAUUCUCUCGUGUACCCCAUCACUCAAUCUCGAGAUACGGUACUGGAGCUCUUUUUUGACGUUCUGCGUAUCAAGCCUCCCUCUUGGUCCAGCUCGUACCUCGCCGGCAGAAGGCUCACCACGUACGGAAGGGUCAACACAUUACCCGUGGAACAGCCGUCUCAGAGACAACUGGCAGAAUAUAAUACGGGUGACAGGUUUGAUCUAAUGCAACACUUUUCCUCGUUUGUUCUGGCGGCUCUGAUCAAAGCUGGUCUGGUGCCCGCUCUGGUGGAUCUAAUCAGGAACGAAGAGGACGUCAUGCUGAAGAGGAAAUCGGCCCUCCUACUGACUGAAGUUCUGAAAAUAGCCAACUAUGCCCUACCGCAGUCUAUCAGCUCUGAUAUCCAGGUGCUGGGCGGUCUGGUCCCAAGCCUCAAUGACUAUGGAUCGGAAUCAUCGGCGACAAACAUGAGCCUGAUCUAUCAGAUCGAAAGCAUCAAUCGCACACUUCAGAAAACCUCUGCUUCAGCAUACGCCCGAACCGGUCCAGUUGAUGAGCUGGCCGUUGGACCACAGGCUAUUGAGAGAUCUAGGUACACUGCUAUGAUGGAUUCAGAUCAGUUUCGCCAAGCAAUGGCAGACAGUCAGGUCACAGGCCAUUCUCAAUACGUAAAGUGGAAGUGGGAGCUGAUCCAUGGGCUGGUGGAAGGGCCGUUGACAAACCCGAGGAGGCUCGAAGAAGCAAUCAAAUCCCCGAAAUUCCUCAAAAGACUCGUCGGAUUCUUCCGUCCUUUCAAAUACCGGUUCUCGAUGAUUCGCAACACGAGACCUAACCAACGAUACGUGCGCACGGGCUGUGCCUUGAUGCGAACUCUGACUCAGACGGCGCUGGGCAUUCAGUAUCUUGCCGAGAAUAAGCUUCUACGGCAGAUCGCAGAAUGUCUUGCACAGGUUGAUCCAUACAGCGGAAUCACGUCUGCCAGCCCCCUCUUUGACCGACACCACAUGGCUGAGACGCUCAGCAGUGGGUACUUCGCCAUGCUCGGAGCUUUGAGCCAUACCAUCGAAGGCGUGCGUUUGAUGGAGCAAUGGCACAUGAUGGACAUCUUCUAUCACCUCGUGGAGCUGAAGGACCGCGAUGAUUUGAUCCGAGGGCUACUGGGGAACAUGGACUACACGCUCGACACCCAUCUUCGUGUGAUCCUGUCGAAAGCACUUACCUCGGGAGUCAAGGACAUCCGGCUCUUCUCGUCGAAGCUCCUCCGGCGGUAUGCGGUGGGCAGGGUCCGAUAUUCGUCUGGCUUGCAAGACCCCUCCAGCUCCCACUGGGCUCUGCGACUGGUCCUUACGCAACUCUACGAUCCCGACGUGGAAGUGUGCGAGGUUGCCGUCAAGAUACUGGAAGAAGCCUGUAACCAACGCAGUCAUCUGGAGUAUGUGGUUAAAUGCAGACCCUCUUUGGACCACCUCGGAGAGAUUGGCGCUCCCCUUCUAUUGAGAUUCCUGUCAACCUCUGUGGGCUACCGGUACCUCAGUGGACUGGACUAUAUCACGCAGGAGAUGGAUGACUGGUUCCUCGGACGUAACGACGCGUACGUUGGCCUGGUCGAGGCAUCGAUCCUUCGUGCCUAUAUGGACGGAAGGGUCAACAACAACAGGACACCCUUCAACGAUGAUCCGGCAGCUGAUCUUCACGAAAUAGGAAUUGCGCCUCCGCACUUCUAUCGCGAGCUCGCGCGCACGCAGGAGGGAUGCAAACUACUCAGGCAAUCUGGACAUUUUUACGAGUUCUCCUCCACCAUCCGGGAUUUCCACCUCGACGAGGAAGACACUGAAGUUCUGACCAAAGUCAAAGGUUGCAUGUGGGCCGUAGGGAACAUCGGCUCGAUGGAUCUUGGUGCCUCCUUUCUGGAAGAAGGCAACGUGGUCACCGCGAUCGUGCGAAUUGCCCAGGGUGCUGAAGUGAUGUCAAUGCGAGGCACCGCGUGCUUCGCCUUGGGCUUGAUUUCUAGGACGUUGCAUGGAUUUGAAAUGCUUGCCGAAUCUGGAUGGGACACCGCGGUAGACCCUCAAGGACGAUCCCUUGGUCUCUGCUUGCCUCUUGACCUUGAUGUCUUGUGCUUGGAAUCAAUAGGCUCGUCCACCGUGCCGCAAACUCCAACCGCGGAGGAGAACAGCCGCUACAAGGCUGCAGUCACGGAUGGCGAUCCGGUGCGAGCCAAAAUACUGAAGCACAUUGUCGAGAUGGGCAAUUCGGUGAUGUACAAAAAGGCCGCUGCAGAUCUUCAGUCACUCAAGGUCAGAGAUCCCAGCCAUUUCGCAGAUACGGAGAUGUUCCGGAAGACCCUCGUCAUCCUCGAAAGCCACCACUAUCGACUGCAGGCGCGGUAUUUCAUUCUAAAUCUGUUCAACAAAGGCAUGAUGCGCCGGAUUCUUUUUGACGAAGAGAUGGGAGAGGAGACUGGGUCGGACACCACUGGGUAG